AUGCCUAGCAUACCGCCCCAAUCGCUCAUUGUCGUCACCGGCAUCACAGGCUACAUCGCGAGCCACGUUGGACUCGCAGCACUCCAGGCCGGACAUCGCGUACGCGGAACCGUGCGCGACCUUAAACGUGCUGAAGAGCUCAGGAACGCGUAUGCGAAACAAGGCGUCGACAUCACCAAGCUCGAGUUCAUCGUCGUAGACGACAUCACCAGUGGUACACAGCUAGCAAACGCAAUCAAGGGUGUGGACGGCGUCGCCCAUGUCGCCUUGCCGGGCGACCUCCUCGACACCUCGGACGACAUGCCGCAUCGUGCGGUCAAGGCAGUUGUCGCACUGCUCCAAGCCUCCGCAAAUGAACCGUCUAUAAAGCGUAUUGUGUUCACCUCUAGCUCGGUCGCGAGCUACGAGCCACCGGCCCUCUUCCCAGAGCCGGUAACGGAUAAGAAUUGGAACGAUGUGGCUUUCCAGGCCUGGGAGAACGCCACAGCAGAGGACAAGACGAAGCCUGCGUGGGUCUGGAUACGUUACGCAGCCACAAAGAUCCUGUCUGAGAAGGCAGCGUGGAAAUGGGUGGAGGAGAACAAGCCACCCUUCGACAUUGUGACUAUUCUGCCAAAUGCAAACUUCGGACCUGUUCUUUACGGUGGUGCUCGUUCGACCGUUGCCUGGAUCCACUCCUUCCUGAAAGGCGAUAAUGAGUUUACACAACUUGUCGGACCUCAAUGGUUCAUCGACGUUCGCGAUGACGGCCGCCUGCACGUCGCCGCGCUCACCAACCCCUCGCUUAGCGGUAAGCGCAUAUGGGGCGUGGCAGAACCGACCGGGUGGAACCAGAUCCUUGCUAUCCUACGUAAGAACUUCCCAGAUGCCAACGUUGCACCCGAUCUCGUCGGCGAGCCUGGCGAGCCUACUAAGCAGAAGAUCGAGAACACGGUGGCGACGGAGGCGUUGGGUGGCUGGAUCGGUUUAGAGCAGUCGCUAGUUGACACGGGAAAGAGUCUUGGGUUCUGA